AUGAUGAAGAGUUUUUUCCUAGUUGUGACUAUCCUGGCAUUAACCGUGCCGUUUUUGGGUGCCCAGGAGCAAAACCAGGAACAACCAAUAUGCUGUGAGAAAGAUGAAAGAUUCUUCAAUGACAAAAUAGCCAAAUAUAUCCCAAUUCAGUAUGUGUUGAGUAGGUAUCCUAGUUAUGGACUCAAUUACUACCAACAGAGACCAGUUGCACUAAUUAAUAAUCAAUUUCUGCCAUACCCAUAUUAUGCAAAGCCAGUUGCAGUUAGGUCACCUGCCCAAACUCUUCAGUGGCAAAUUUUGCCAAAUACUGUGCCUGCCAAGUCCUGCCAAGACCAGCCAACUACCAUGGCACGUCACCCACACCCACAUUUAUCAUUUAUGGCCAUUCCACCAAAGAAAGAUCAGGAUAAAACAGAAAUCCCUGCCAUCAAUACCAUCGCUAGUGUUGAGCCUACAGUACACAGUACACCUACCACCGAAGCAAUAGUGAACACGGUAGAUAAUCCAGAAGCUUCCUCAGAAUCGAUUGCGAGUGCACCUGAGACCAACACAGCCCAAGUUACUUCAACCGAGGUCUAA